AUGAAAAUUGAAAAAACUGCCGCAAUGUCAGUUAAUUCCAUGGGAAUUGGUGCGUUGCUUAGCUUCCUCACAUUUAUUCCAAUGUAUUUUGCUUCUAAAUAUGAUAUGGUUCCUGAAAAGCUUCUAAAAAUCACGACAAUUUUGAUAAAUACACCAACUGAGAUUCUUAGCUUUGGAGUUGGAAUACUUACAGCUAACGGUAUUGGUGUUGAAUGGAUGGAAAAGUAUUUGAGCACUGACACUAUGAAAAACAAACAAAUGGUUAGAUUGGUUGUUGAAAGAACAAUUGAACAAUACAUGGAUAUCAAAGGCAGAUUCAACAAAAUAACGGAGGAAGAAGUCUAUAACAUUUUCCAUCCAAAAUUGGCUCUCACGUAUGGUUUUGGAAGUAAAGUUGUAAAAACAAUGCUUUGGACAUCAGAAAAGCUUGUUAAAGCCUACUGUUCAUUAACUGACCAGCCGUUCCCGAAAACUAUAUUUGAUCAAAUCAACAUGAGUAAAUUAGCUCUUCCGUUCUUGAAUGAAGAGGAACUUGAAGAUAGAGGCUUUUAUCAAGCAAAAAUACAUAAGAAGCAGAAAAAAAUGGUAAAAAUGCCAGGAAUGAGUGAAGAUAAAUGGGAAAGCUUCUAUAACGAAUCUGGUAUGAAUAUUGUUUAUAUUAGAGACCGGACAUAA